AUGAUAUCUCCCAUCAAGGUCGGUAUCGUAGGCUAUGGCUUUUCAACGAAGUGCUUUCACUUGCCCUUCAUCCUGCCUAACCACGAACUCGAAGUGCACGCGUUCCUUCAGCGCGCUGCGGCCCCUUCCGCAGACCCGGCAUCCAAGUCGAAGGCCUGGGGUCACUGCACCGUAGACUUCCCACGGGUGAAACAUUAUCAGACUGCUGACGAGUUUUUUGCCGACGUUGCCAUUGAGCUCGUUGUCAUCUGCGCACACACUCACCGUGAGUUCGUAGAAAAGGCCCUCAAAGCAGGAAAGCACGUUGUUGUUGAGAAGCCAUUCGUGGCUACAAGCUCCGACGCAGAUGAGCUUAUUGAGCUUGCCAAGGCACAAGGAAAAGUUCUGACAGUAUUUCACAACCGAAGAUUCGAUAGCGACUUCCGCACCUUAGAAGACCUUGUGAAGAAGGGUGUCUUAGGUGAUGUCAAGGAAGCUGAAAUCCAUUUCGACUUCCCCUCACCAUCUUGGAUUGCUGGAUGGACCCAGAAGGAGUAUACUCCAGGCGAGGGCAUGAUUUUCGGGCUCGGUAAUGGGAAUCAUCUCUGUCUUGCCCAUGUAUAUUUUGCUAAAUCCCUAAGAAAAGGCACCCACACGGUCGACCAGGCUCUGCAUCUAUUUGGACGCCCAACCUCGGUAACUGGCUUCCUCCGGUCCAACCGCGGGAUUGACAGCGACGUCGAUGACACGCACACCAUUAUCCUGCAGUAUGGCGAGAACAAGAAGAACCUGCUUGUGACUAUCAAGACAUCGAUCGUGUCACAUAUGAAAGACCAGCUCCGUUUUUUCGUCAGAGGAACGGGAGGGACGUACCUCAAGUUUGGCACCUGCCCUCAAGAAGAGAGAGCCAUCGCAGCACCAGGCCUCCCCGCCUUGGACCCGAACUUUGGCAUGGAGGACGAGCGCACCUGGGGCACCUUGACUACGACGGUGGAGUAUGAUGGGGUGCACCAGGCCCACGAUGAGGCAACGGGUCGCUGGAUUGGCAAGUACCCGAGUUUGCCGGGCUGGUACCGCGGAUACUAUGAAAACGUGGCAGCGGCAAUUCGGGGUCGGGAGGAAAUAUGCGUUAGGCCUGAGACGGCGAGGGACGGAUUAAGAGUCAUCGAGCUAGCGAGGGAGUCUCAUGUUAAAGGGGCCACUAUUCCCUGGUCGUAG